CAUAACCUAACAAGUUUUCGAACCUUCACAAUGUCAAUAUUCCAGCAAAUAACAUCCAAAAAUUUUCAAGUGUGUUAUAAAAAUGUUAAAUUUAAAGAAAAAUUAUUUCAAUAUUCCCGAUACUUUUCGUCGAAAAGCUCCACCAAUCAACAAGAAACUUAUAAUACCAGUGCAGCCAAAACUUUUGUAACAUUUCAAGAUAAAGUGCGGAAAAGAAGGUCUGAAGCCAAAAAAAGUAUAAUUGUACAAGUUCAAUCAGCUCAAUCUUUCAAAGAACUAUACUCAUAUUGUAGUUCUUUUGGUAAUAUCAAACAAAUGUUUCACUAUUCUGCAGGGAUUGAACCUAUGCACUUCAUUUUAGUGGAAUUUCAACAAAUAGAUGCUGUUAAAGCUGCUUUAUCAUCAGGUACCUUUAUUGAAAAUAAUACAAUUUGUCCCACCCACUCUCAAUUCUUAUGGUUCAGAGCAGGUGCCAAAAAAUUUUCUGAGCGUAAACACAAAAAGAUUGAGUUGUCAGUUACUGAUGGUUUGAAAAAAUUAUCAAGUGACUGCCUUAAAAAAGAAUUGCGAUGUUGUGAAAGUAUAAGCGACCAAAUAAAUACACUUUAUGACAUGUCCAAACUUACAGAUUUAGAGUCUAGAUUACGGUUUCUCACAGCUAGACAGAUAGAAAUGUCUUUAGCAGGAAUGUUUCCUAAUGCACAGGUUCUACCAUUUGGCUCUUCAGUUAAUGGUUAUGGCAAAAUAGGAUGCGAUCUUGAUGUUGUGUUAACACUGGAUAAUGAAAAGGAAGCACCAGAUAGCAGAUUAAUAUUUCAUUGUAAAGGUUCUUCGGGAGUAGAUAGAUCUUUGAAUAUGAGAAAUCUGGAGACUAUUGGUGAUAUCUUGCAUUUAUUUUUACCUGGAUGCACAAGAGUUAGGAAAAUUCUCCAAGCUAGAGUUCCUAUAAUCAAGUAUUACCAUCAGUUCACAGAUGUAGAAUGCGAUUUAUCGAUGUCUAAUGUUUCUGGAGUACACAUGUCUGACUUCUUGUAUAUGAUGGGUGCCUUAGAUCCAAGAGUAAGACCACUAGUAUUCACAGUUAGAAGGUGGGCCAAAGAUGUAGGAUUAACUAACAGCACUCCGGGUCGUUGGAUCACAAACUUUUCACUUACUCUACUUGUUUUAUCCUUUUUGCAAAGGCCUCUACAUUCACCACCAAUUUUGCCUGCACUCAAUACUUUGGUGAAAUCAGCAGGUUCAAAGGAUUCCUUCGUCACAGAAGAGGGAGUCAACUGCACAUUUCUUAGAGACAUCGAUAAGCUACAUCAUAAUGUAUCAAAUACUGAAAGUUUAGAAAGUUUGCUAUGUGAAUUUUUUGAGUACUAUUCCCAGUUUGAUUUCAAGACCAAAUCAGUUUGUUUAAAUGAAGCAGUGACUUUGUCGAAACCAGAUCAUAGCCCUCUUUAUAUUGUGAAUCCCUUGGAAAGAGGAUUGAAUGUGAGCAAAAAUGUCAGUUUGGAAGAACUGGAUAGGUUCAGGGAAGAAGUGAAAAAUGCUGCAUGGCUACUUCAAUCGACUGGUGAUACAAAUUCACCAAAUUGGGGAUUACUUUCUAUAUUAGGAACUAUUAAGCAUAAAUCUAAGUUAACAUUUAACUUCAAUUCACCCAAAAAUCAUAGAUUGAUGCAUGUGAAAGAGUUAUUUGUAGAAGGUGAAAAUGAUGUGAAAAUUAGUGAAAUAGAAUUUAAAAAUAAUGUUGUGAAAAAACAAGUUGAAGAAAUCAAAAAAGAAAAUGUUAAACUAAUGAAAAGUUUGAGUAGUAUAAAAGGCACUGUGAGGUAGUAUUACAAAAAUAUCUGAAUUAACCAUGGACUAUAUUUAUAUAUAAAAAAAUAUAUAUAAAUAAAAUGGCUUUUUAUUCA